AUGGUCGCAUCAAAAGGCGCAAAGAGCCCAUCAUCAUCGUCCAAGAGCAGCGAUGCGAAUAUGCGCCAACGACCCACAGCAACCCUGCGCAACGGUACUCCCAGCGCGGAAGUAGUGGAAAAGUCGGGCUUGCUCGCGACCAGGCACGACUCACAUACGGAUGGCAAGGUGGAAACCUCGGGCAAAGAUGUUCUCCUCAAUCCUGCAUCUACGCCGAUCGACGGCAAGAGCGGCGUCGCGGUCUCCGAAACACAGUCCAGCCAGGAAGCCUCGGGAUUCAUGGACCUCUCGCCCCAAGAUCAAAAGGCAAUGAUCCUUCUCGUCAUUCUAUACCUCCUGCAAGGCGUACCCGUGGGUCUCGCAUUCGGCACCAUGCCAUUCCUGCUCAAAUCCAAAUUGAGCUACGGAGACAUCGGCUUCUUCAUGCUCUGCACCUACCCCUACUCGCUCAAACUCUUCUGGAGCCCCAUCGUCGACUCGACGUUUGUCAGUGAGCUCAAGCUCCCGCUCGUAGGAACAAUCUCGCUCGGUCGUCGCAAGAGCUGGAUCGUUCCCAUUCAGGCCGUGGUGGGAGUCAUGUUCUGGUACCUAUCCAGCAACGUCGACCAGCUCCUCCUCGCAGACUUGCCCAACGUCAAGCUCAUCACGCUCAUCUUCUUCGUGCUCAUUCUCUUCGCCGCCACCCAAGACAUUGCCGUCGACGGGUGGGCACUGACACUGCUCUCGCAGGAGAAUCUUUCAUACGCAAGCACUGCCCAGACGGUAGGUCUCAACUCGGGCUACUUUCUCAGCUUCACCGUCUUCCUUGCAUUCAACUCGGUCGAGUUCAGCAACAAGUACUUCCGUUCCACGCCGCUCGAACAUCCGUUGCUUUCGCUCUCGGCGUACAUGCGCUUCUGGGCUGUCGGGUUCUUGCUGGUGACAGCGUGGCUGCUGGUGUUCAAGAAGGAGGAGGAGGAGGCAACCGAUGCACCGGAUAUGGAUGUCAAACAGGUCUACUCGAUCAUGUGGAGGAUCUGCAGGCUCAAGCAUGUCCAAACGUUCAUCCUGAUCCACUUUGUCGCCAAGAUCGGUUUCCAGGCCAACGAAGCGGUGACCGGUCUCAAGCUGGUCGAGAAGGGUUUCGGUAAGGAGGAUCUGGCUCUGGCGGUUUUGAUUGACUUCCCCUUCCAACUCAUCUUUGGAUACUUGGCAGCGAGGUGGAGCAAAGGCGAUCGAGCGCUCCAACCGUGGGUGGUAGCCUUCUUCUUCCGUCUCGGUUUUGCUCUGCUUUCCAUGGCAAUCGUGCACGGCAUGCCCAAAGCGCCCAUCGGAACAGGCUACUUCUUCGUCGUCAUCGCAAGCACCGUCGCCGGCAGCUUCGCCUCCACCGUCCAAUUCGUCGGCAUCUCGGCCUUCCACACCCAAAUCGCCGACCCGCUCAUCGGAGGAACAUACAUGACCCUGCUCAACACGGUCUCGAACCUCGGCGGCACAUGGCCGCGCUACUUUGUGCUCAAAGCCGUCGACCUGUUCACCAUCUCGAGCUGCCAACCUCCCUCCAGCUCGUCGCUGCUCAAAGAUCCAGAGAUCGCCAAAUUUUGGGCCACAGCCUCCAAGGGAAUCGGCGGCAACGAAUGCACGUCCGAUCUGGGUAAAGCCGCUUGCUCGGCAGCAGGCGGAGUGUGUGUGAUUGAGCGGGAUGGAUAUUACUGGACGUCGACGCUCUGCGUCGUUGUGGGCACAGUGCUGUUGGUCACGUUUAUCAUUCCGGCGUGUCGCAAGCUGCAGGCGUUGCCGCCGAGCGCAUGGCGUGUCAAUCUACACUCGAAAGCUCAAUAA